AUGACCAUCAAAUACAUCCAAGGCGACCUAUUCUCCGCCCCAAGGCCAGUCAUCCUGCUGCAUGCCUGCAACUGCGAGGGUCUCUGGGGCAGUGGCAUCGCUGCUGAGUUCAAGAAUCGCUUCGGCGAUGCACACAAAGCCUAUGUGAAACAUUGCGAGCGGUAUGGAGAAGAGUUGUUAGGCACAACGGGUAUCAUCAAAGACUCGAGUGACUCCAAUUUAUAUAUCGGCUGUCUAUUCACAAGCCGCGCUGGAGGCCGUCAAUGUGACCCCCCAAAGAAGAUUCUAGUCACUACCUAUCAUUGUCUGAUGGACCUCAAGGCACAACUGCAAGAACCCAUGUACAAGAACGUCACCCUAGCCGCAUGUCAAUUCAACUCUGGUGUUUUUCAGGUUCCGUGGGAAUACACAGCACACAUGAUUGAAGAGGCCGGUCUGGAUGUUUCUGUGUAUGUCAGGAAAUCAGAAGAGGCAGAGUCAGAAGCAGCGUCAGGGUCAGAUGCCAGCAAGCCCACCCAGCCUCACAACGCCUGA